AUGUGCCACGCUAACAAACACACCAGGGUUGGAUUUGCCGAGCUCAGUGUGUUGCUGCAACAACCCGUUUCAGAGUUUGCCCGAGGCGACCUGCGAAACCCAAUCCAGGUCCGCCUCCCGGGGCUCUGCCGCGUUUGCUACAAUCUGGAUCCUUAUGCGGCGCCACAGGACCGCCCCGGCGAAGACGGCCCGCCGCCAUGGGCUAGAGCUGAGUAUACAAUCCGUCCCGGGACGCCAAUCGCGAAUAUCAAAGUCGACGAGUCACCGGAGCUGCUCGAGUCAUACGGCGCGGGCACAAUUCCGACUCUGAGGACAGCAAUGCAAUCGCUGCUCGAUCUCGGACUAGUGCGGCCCGAGGGUUCAACCGUGAACUGGGAGAUCGAGAUCGCAAUAGAGAUCUACAGACAGAACAUUGCCCUUGAGCAGGAAACAGGUAACAAGUUGGUUGAAUCUGACAUCGAGACAUACAUGCUACACCCCAAGUGCUCACGACCAGGCCAUCUGCCGAAGUUGCCGGACCGCGUCAUCUGGGUGAAAGCGCCCUCGAGUGAGACGCCUAGCGGCAUCCGGCUGGCUGAAACCCAAAUGCACAGGACGAAGCGAGCCCCCUACCUGACGCUGAGCUACUGCUGGGGCCCCGUCUCGCCCUUGACGUUCCUGACCGACGCAUCUACUCUUGAAGCGCGUAAGGCGGGCAUUGCCUACGCGGAUCUGCCACCGCUCUUUCAGAACGCCGUCGACCUUGCAAUACUCCUUGGCAUUGAAUAUGUCGGAUCGACCAGCUGCUCCAAGAUGGGAACCAUUUACGGCAACGCCACGCUGACCAUCUGCUCUGCUUCGGCUACUUCUGAGAGCGACCGCAAUCCCGUCGACCGAGUCCCGAGAUGGAGCACGUACGACAUCAUCAGGGACGCUAGCAUAGGCAGAUUCCCCUUUCAGGUCCGUCGGCGGUCGCAACGUUUGGGAAUGGAGGCUCGGGGCGGUGAUUACGGCAAGUAUCAAAACGAGCGUGGAUAUGGCAAGAGCAGCUUCGGCGAGGGUAUGACAAGCCCGGCGUGGAGCGCCCAACUCGACAACGUCACCCACAGGACGCGGAUGGACAUGGUGGAAGAGUACACGCAACGGGCCAUUACGCGCCCGUCGGACCGGCUGCCGGCCAUGGCGGCCAUCAUGCGGCGGAUCGCCAAAGCACGCGGCUGGUCGCCGCUGUACGGCAUGUGGGCAGACGCUCCGGUGGACAGCCUCGGGUGGCGAGCCAAGAAGUGGGAUGGCCCCGUAUCCAGGCAUCUUCGUAGGGUGCAUCCGGGCUUCUACGCGCCGACUUGGAGCUGGGCUAGCGUCGAGGGCCCGGUCUCGUAUCUGAACGUCAAGCGGACGGACCCCCACGAUCUCGCGGUUGCCGACCUCGAGGUGGGAAAGUGGGAUGCCGCGGUCAUCACCGUCAACGGCCGCGACGGUGAACUUAGACAAAGCAGCUCUGGGAAGAACAUCUUUGACUACCGCUAUGCCAUACCGGGUCUGGCGCGAACAGGGAAUUCCGAUGGCGCCAUGCCCAUCACCGCCGACGUCGCCUUACAACCGUGGACGGGUGUCGUCAACGGCGAGAACGCCUCGACCAGGCAGACGCUGAGGUGUCUUGUUCUUGUCUUGGGCCGAUUACCACGUAUACCAAGGGCUUGGGAACGCAUCGCCACGGUUGCUGGGCCUGAGACAGUUGCCUUUGACCUCGCUGAGAAAAUUGUUCUCGACAUUGCUUGA